AUGGCCGUUAGCUCCUGUGAAGUGUUUCUAUACAAAGACCAAGAGCUCCCCUCCCACCUCCUCACCCAGUUAAACAACCUCCAGCAGGAGCGUAUUCUAACAGACGUCCUGCUUUGCACCGAGCACCGGGAGAUCCCAUGCCACCGUAACAUUCUGGUCUCCAGUAGCCCGUACUUCCGAGCCAUGUUUUGCAACAACUUCCUGGAAAGCAGCCAGGCCCGCGUAGACCUGAAGGGAAUCUCACCGGAUGUCCUCAGUGGCAUUGUGGACUAUGUUUACACAGGCAUCAUCACCAUCUCCAUGGAAAUUGUGCUGCCACUCAUGCAGGCAGCAUCUAUGCUCCACUAUGGACGUCUCUUUGAGGCAUGCUCACUGUUUCUCCAAGAGCAGCUCAGUCCAGAGAACUGCCUGAGUAUGAUACGACUUUCAGAGAUACUCCAUUUUGAGAGCCUGAGGGAGAGGGCGAGGGAGAUGGCUGUCAGGUGUUUCUCCGACGUGGCCACGACAGAGGACUUCUCUGAGUUGUCUCUCCCUGAGCUCAUGUGUUACUUGGAGGAUGACCGACUCUGCGCAGAGGAAGAACAGGUAUUUGAAACCCUCCUGGCAUGGAUCCACCAUGACCCAUUCUCACGACGUGGUGCAAUCCACGAUCUCUUCAAGAGGGUUCGCCUUCGCUACAUUCACCCAACCUACCUGUUCCAGUUUAUUGCCAACGACCCAUUGGUGCAAUCAUCCACCCUUUGCACCGAGAUAAUCGAGUCAGUGCGCCGCCUUAUGCUCUCAGUCAGCACCAAGUGCAGCCAUGAACUCAAGCCACUUUGGACCACUCCAAGAUGCUACACCUGCCGGGAAACACUAGUGGUGGUCGGGGGGCGUAAAAACAAUAAGCAGACUUCCCGAGAAGCCCUGUUAUACGAUGAGAGGACCCAUCGGUGGCAAUGGUUGGCCAAGCUGCCUCUGCGCCUUUACAGAGCAGCCUAUGUGUGUGUUCAUAGCAUCCUCUAUGUGGUUGGUGGGCUAAGUCUCUGCAUGACAUCAGGCGACAGCUCAGUCAGCGCUACAGUUUAUACACUCUCCCUCAAGACCAACCAGUGGAGGACUGCUGAGCCCAUGUUGGAGCCCAGAUAUGCCCACCAAAGUGUUUCCUAUCUGCACUUUAUUUUUGUCCUGGGAGGCAUUGGUGUAGACAAACAAAUCUCCAACUCAGUGGAGAGGUAUAACAGUAUGUUUAAUCAAUGGGAGGCCAUGGCACCAAUGCCCACACCUGCACUGCAUCCAGCAGUGGCGGCAAGUGAUCAGAAAAUCUAUGUUUUCGGAGGGGAAGAUGCCAUGCAGAAUCCUGUCAGGCUUUUUCAGGUGUAUCACAUCUCUCGCAACUUGUGGUCCAGGCUGGAAACCAGGACAGUGAAAAAUGUUUGUGCACCUGCUGCCAUCAUCGAGGACAAGAUUUACAUAAUAGGAGGGUACACCAGAAGAAUGAUAGCCUAUAACACCAAAGCAAACAAAUUUGCCAAGUGUGAAAAUCUGAAGGAGCAAAGGAUGCAUCACAGUGCCACCGUAAUAAACAACAAGCUCUAUGUGACCGGUGGGCGCAUCCUCACUGGCCAUGAUGUCAUCGAAGACUCGGACUGCUUCGAGUGUUAUGACCCCAAGAUGGAUGUGUGGACCUCAAAGGGCUCUCUGCCAUACAAGUUAUUUGACCAUGGCUCACUUCCAUUAGUCUGCGUUUCCAACAGGCCCAACCCACCUUGA